GCUGCAAAUGGAACGACAAUUCCCACCAUGCACCGUGCUACAAGUUCGCUGGGGCUAGCCCGCGAACUUCUGGGAGAUACAGUCCUCGAACUUCGCAGUUCCUUCUCUACCUUACACAGUAGGCCGGCUGAGAGGACUACAUGUCUCUACGCGCUCCCAUUAGACAACGGCACCAGGCAGCGGCAACCAUUUUGUACCGCCCAAGGGGCCCUUAAGAUGGCGGCGGGGGAGACGGUGAAGGUUGCAGCCUGCUCCUCCGGGCUGUAGCUCGCCGUCUCCCCGUCUCCCCGUCUCCCCGUCUCCCGGCGGCCGGCCCAUGUUGGCCUGGCGGAAUUCCGGACCAUGGACCUCCGCACCGUCGUGUACAACGCCGCCCGCGACGGCAAGCUUCAGCUGCUUCAAAAACUGCUCAGCGGCCGGAGCCGGGAAGAGCUGGACGAGCUGACGGGCGAGGUGGCCGGCGAGGGGACGCCGCUGCUCAUUGCCUCCCGCUACGGCCACCUGGACGUGGUCGAGUACCUGGUGGACCGGUGCGGGGCGAGCGUGGAGGCGGGAGGCUCUGUGCACUUCGAUGGCGAGACCAUCGAGGGCGCGCCGCCGCUGUGGGCCGCCUCAGCCGCCGGCCACCUGGACGUGGUGCAAAGCCUGCUGCGCCGUGGGGCCUCGGUGAACCGCACUACGCGCACCAACUCCACGCCCCUGCGCGCCGCCUGCUUCGAUGGGCACCUGGAAGUGGUGCGCUACCUGGUGGGCGAGCAUCAGGCCGACCUGGAGGUGGCCAAUCGGCACGGGCACACUUGCCUCAUGAUCUCCUGUUACAAGGGGCACCGUGAGAUCGCCCGCUACCUGCUGGAGCAGGGCGCCCAGGUGAACCGGCGCAGCGCCAAGGGUAACACGGCCCUGCACGACUGCGCCGAAUCCGGCAGCUUGGAGAUCCUGCAGCUGCUGCUUGGGUGCAACGCCCGCAUGGAACGCGAUGGCUACGGCAUGACUCCGUUGCUGGCGGCCAGCGUGACCGGCCACACCAACAUCGUGGAGUAUCUUAUCCAGGAGCAGCCUGCUGGGAAGGAGGUGCAGCCAGGGCUGGCCCAGGAAGGUCCUUCCACCAGUCCCGGAUGCAUGAAGCCCCAGGAGGCCAGUUGUUGCAGUUCCUCCCCGGAGGAACCACUUGGCAGUGAAUCGUAUGAGAGCUGCUGCCCCACUAGCCGGGAAGCUGCGGUGGAAGCCUUGGAAUUGCUGGGAGCCACGUAUGUCGAUAAGAAGCGUGAUUUGCUUGGGGCCCUGAAACACUGGAGACGGGCUAUGGAGCUGCGUCACCAGGGGGGCGUGUAUCUGCCCAAACCAGAGCCCCCGCAGCUAGUCCUGGCCUAUGAUUAUUCCAGGGAGGUGAAUACUGCAGAGGAAUUGGAAGCGCUUAUAACCGACCCGGACGAGAUGCGCAUGCAGGCCCUGUUGAUACGAGAGCGCAUCCUGGGACCUUCUCACCCAGACACUUCUUAUUAUAUUCGUUACAGGGGCGCAGUGUAUGCCGACUCAGGCAAUUUUGAGCGCUGUAUCCGCUUGUGGAAAUAUGCCCUAGACAUGCAACAGAACAACCUGGAGCCUCUGAGCCCCAUGACCGCCAGCAGUUUCCUUUCAUUUGCUGAACUCUUUUCAUACGUGCUUCAGGACCGGUCGGCCAAGGGCAGCCUGGGCACACAAAUCGGCUUUGCAGACCUCAUGGGGGUGCUCUGCAAAGGGGUUCGGGAAGUGGAACGGGCCCUACAACUGCCCAAGGAACCGGGGGACUCUGUCCAGUUCACCAAGGCCCUGGCCAUCAUCCUCCACCUGCUUUAUCUGUUGGAGAAAGUGGAGUGCACACCAGACCAGGAGCAUCUAAAGCAUCAGACCGUUUACCGGCUGCUGAAGUGUGCCCCCCGGGGCAAGAACGGCUUCACCCCUUUGCACAUGGCCAUGGACAAGGACACCACAAAUGUGGGCCGAUACCCCGUGGGCAGAUUCCCCUCACUCCAGGUGGUCAAGGUACUGCUCGACUGUGGGGCCGACCCGGACAGUAGGGACUUUGACAACAACACCCCAUUGCACAUAGCAGCCCAGAACAAUUGCCCAGGAAUUAUGAAUGCCCUGAUUGAAGCGGGGGCCCACAUGGAUGCCACCAAUGCCUUCAAGAAAACAGCCUAUGAGCUGCUGGAUGAGAAGCUGCUGGCUAAGAGCACCAUUCAGCCCUUCAACUACGUAACCCUGCAGUGCCUUGCAGCCCGCGCCCUGGACAAAAAUAAGAUCCCCUACAAAGGCUUCAUCCCCGAAGAGCUGGAGGCUUUCAUCGAGCUGCACUGAUAGGAUUCUGAGAGUAGCCCACACCAGUCCUUGCCCUCUUGCUGAACACUUCAAGUGGCAUGAAACUGGAAGAAGGGUUUUCCUACCUCCACAGCCCUUCACCUCUGCAGAGUGGGGAAAGGAGUUAGCUAUUGGUGCUAGAAGCCUUCCAGAUCAUGUGCUCAGAGAACUGUCUUUCUCCAGGAGCACAUGUACCAUCCUUAAUUGGCAGAAGAUGCACGACCUUCCACACAUCCCAUCUGUCUGGAUCUCAGAAGAUUUUGCUUUCUUACUGAGAGGCAGAGGGAUUGAAGCCAUUGCCUUUCUCCUUUGCUAGAAACAGGAAGAAACUGAAAACUGGGUCUGUCCUUCUUUGCCCCUUACAUGGCUGGAUAAACCAAGCCACAAAAUGCAGUAUGAGGACUGGGGGGUCCCAAGAUGGAAAGUUGAAGACUCAAAAAGCAAGACCACCUGUCACUUCUUCCAGCACAGUCGCACCCCGCUCCCUCCCGCGUUGCCAUAGUUGGCCUACAUAGGCAGGGAUCUCUGUUCAGGGCAGCCUGCCACUUGCAUAGCUUUGGGCUGGUUUGGUGUUCUGUUUGUUUAGUAGGUGGGCAGGCUACAGGCAUUGCACAGGAGUGCUGAGGUAUUGCUGCCAUUUUUUUUUUCUUAAGAAUUUGAAAUUUCUUUUAAGACUUGAUAAGUUAAUUUUGCUCACCAAGGGUUUUGUCGCACCUGGGGUGGCCAAGGCCCUCAGGAGCGAGUUUUUGUGUGAAGAAUUGGUAAAGGAGGUAGAAAACUGUGGUAGCAGCUCCUAAAACACAGGUGGCUGUACAUUUCUUAAAUCUUCACUCAUUUGCCUUUUACCUGGGCCUUGUAUUCCCAUCCUCAUUAAAGAAGUAUUUUUUUCUAAACAGGUUCAAGCCAAACACCCAAGUUGCUGAGCUUGAUAUGAGUUUCCCACUGUGAGAACUAGCAAGGUUGGUUUGGGGCAUGGUUUACACAGAUUUAGAAUUAGAACUGCAGGAUGCUUCAGUCCCACACAUCACACAAGUGCACAGCUUUAUUGUGGGUAUAGCCACCCCAAGUGGCCCCACCCACUUUUACCACUGCUUAAGGAACUGAGUCCAGGUCUUCCCAAGGAAAUUCUAUGUACAGCAUUAACUCAGUAAAUCAGCUGGAUGGGACAGUGAAUGCUGAGAACUGUGAUACAAAGUCUUGAGCACUCAGUGUAAAGUGCCUGUGUUAGAGGACCUACUGCAGGGAGAUUUUUCAUGGGUUAUACUGCAUAUGCCCUGAUAGGCAGAAGGGGACUGUUCCUGGCCUAUCUGGACAAAAGUGAAUAGCAGAAAGGGACUGAAGCUCAGGAGAAAGGUCACAUUCAGGACAGUAGCAUCUUCACCCCAUGCCUCUCCUAUAGCAUUGUCCAGUGACAGCUACACAGAGGCCUUCAGACACCACAGCAGGUCCCUGGAUAUUCUGCCCUCUGGGAAAACUAGGUCUCGUGUGGAUUUGCAGUGUUACUUAGGAUGUUAUUUAUUUAUAAGACCAGGUUUUACCUUUCGUUGAGGUGGGAAACAGCACGGAAUAAAGAAAUGAGGCUGUUUAAAUUGUGAGUCCUGGCACUGGUGUUUUAAGUCAUUAAAAAGAUAACAUUUAAAGGAAACCACCCGAGAGAGAGUUCCUUGCUGGGGUAGGUGGGGGAGAAGGAGGGAAGCGGGUGCCUCUGAGAAUAAAACGCAUAGAGACAGUCCACUUAAAGAAGUAGCCCU